AUGUUUGUGUUCUGUAUAUUGACUGACUUUAGGGCCACAGUUACAGUCAAACCUCUUAACACCAAAUUCAUUGGCCACACAUUCGCCGACAUUACUCCAGACACGUCCCGAUCGCAGUUCACUGUUUGCCAGCACUCGGAGUCCAUUCCCAUCUCUCAUGUCUACAAAUUCAAUGCCAACAAAACCGGCCAUCAAAUGAGUCUAUCCUUUGGGUUUGGCAUACAGUCGGAUCAGUCGGUUAUGGUUUUUGUCAAAUACUUUGAAGUGCUGUGCAAUAAAAGCAGGGAUUGUCUGCAGGACUACUGCCGGACCAAAUACUUUCAUGAAUUGAAGGCCAGUAACUGUUUGCGCACAACUGAGUCCUACCGGUUGGCCAGUAUUGACACUGUUGUAGGUUUCACAUACACUGUACACAUACAUACUUUACACACAUAUUCGGGGGACAGUCUGCCCCUAUGUAUACAUUCUUACUAUCUGGCGUACGAUGUGUUCAAACAGUUGGUCGACUGUGUCGAGUAUCUACACGGGUGUCACGUGUGGCACCGGGAUCUUAAGCCGGAUAACGUGCUAAUCGCCAUGGAUUAUACCUACAAGAAACGUUAUAUUAAGCUUGGUGAUUUUGGUUUGGCCAAGUAUGUACCGCCGGGUUUGAAUGUAGUGAACAGGGAUGCGAGUGCGAUGUCUGCCUAUGUUAAACAUACGGAUGAUUUGGGUAAUGUCCGCAAUCAGGCGCCCGAAGUACAGACCGGCUGUUAUAAUCAUUUGGUAGAUGUGUAUAGUCUGGCACUUAUAGGCGCAGCACUGUUUGGUUUGGAUAGGGAUGGCGUUAUUGAUGGGAAGCCUGAUCCGGAAAUUAACUACACUAAUAAAUAUAUGCAUAAUUGGCUGAUCGAGAUAAAUAAACUGUUUAUAUCGAUGACAAUCAGCUCGUAUUCAGUGUAUGGACUCCAUGAUUGGCGGCAGAGACCGGAAUGUGCAGACAUUUCCCGAAAACUAGACGCUCUACCGAUACGACCGGCAAUUAAUCGCAAUAAUCGCACAGUAUUUGAAACGGUUAUAAAGAGCAAACAUAAGAUGCUUUAUCGGACAUAUAUGGCUCGUAAACCCUAUUGCAUUAUCGCACGAUCUGAGCAUGUUAAUGUCAGAUUAUUUAGUGAACUGGUUGCACAAAUAAGAGAGAUCAUUCAGUAUAAAUCACCCUGGUGCUCUGUAACGUAUUACAACGCGUGGCUUGAAAAUGAUCACGUGUUUAUUCAGGCCAAGCACUGUCCGCAAACGCUGGGCGCUAUAAUACGGGCUAAACGGACAGUGUUUACCAGUCAAGCGGAUAAAUGUCGACCGGAAAUACUAGCCAUUGAUUACAUGCUAUCGCGUGAACUGUUGAGACAAACGAUCGCUUGUACGCCAUAUGUGCUGACGUCGGCCGUCAAGAAUAGGUUCGCAUACAUAAGCGCUGACUGUCUGUUAGUGGCCAACCCUAUGGACACCUUUAGGCAACGCGUUAAAUUGUGUCAUGCUGAUUUACACCAU